CCGUCGUCUUCCUCCUCGCCGAUGCUCCAGAAGAACCUCCGCGCGCUCGGCCCCGGACUCAAUCCCUUCGCACCCGCCGGCAUGGGCAACUACUCCCGCUAAAUCCCCACCCCCCUCCCGAUUCCUCGAUUUCUCCUCUCAGAUUCCUUCCCCUGAUCGGCUCUUCCCCUUCCCCUCGAUCCCCGUUUGAUUCGAUUGCUCGUCUCCCCGUCUCGUUUGGUAAGUUUGGAUCUGUGUGGACACGGUAGAAUAUGGUGCAGUUUCGCAGCUCGCUCAGCAUGACCCGCGUGCGGACCGCCGGCGACGACGCCGACGACCGCGGGUGGAACCAGCUCCACGUCGCCGCACGCAAGGGCAACCUCAAGGAGGUGAGACGUCUCCUGAAAGAAGGGAUGGAUGUCAAUGCACCCGCAUGGGGGCCAAAGUCCCCUGGUGCUACUCCGCUGCACCUUGCCGCGCAGGGCGGGCAUGUCAAAGUCAUGGAUGAACUGCUGGAGCGUGGCGCUAAUAUCGAUGCUCGCACAAAAGGAGCUUGUGGCUGGACUCCUCUCCACAUUGCUGCCAAGGAAAGGAACAAGAGGGUGGUCAGGUUCCUGAUUGAGAAUGGUGCAUUCCUACCCCCUGACCUGAACGACCACAGGUUCAACCCUCCCCUCCACUACUGCUCUGGGCUAGAGUGGGCCUACGAGAUGAAGCGCAUGCAGGACGAGAGUGACUCUAGCGGCGAGGCUUCCUUCAGCUCGGAGAACUAGAGAUACUCAAGAG